UUUUCCAGGGGAAAAUAGGAAAACUAGCGUUUUCUAGGAAAACAAUGGAAAUGGAACAUAUUUUGAAUAUGAUUGAAGUUGAUAGUUCUGAUAAUAAGAUCAAAGUUUCCAUAACCGAAUCAACAAUGAUGCAGAUUCUUCACAGAUCAAUGGACAAAGCUUAUCAGAAAGUAAAAUCAAAAAAAGGUGUUCUUGAAUGUUUGAACGAGAUAUCGAAAUUCUACGAACUCGCGGUGCUGCAAUUAGAAGGUUGUUUGAAUUUUGUUCAAGAAGAAAGGGGUAACUAUGAUUUCGAAACCAGUCACGAAUUUUUGCUCAAGGACUUGACGGAGAUCAAGGAUCGGCUUCAACGUCGACUUAAGGAAGUCGAAUUGGCAAUCUCGGAUAAGGAUAACGAGUUAUCGGAGAGAUCAGGCAACGAAAUGAAGCUCAAGAAGGCAUUGAAGAUGAGUGAAAAGAGAAUGGAUUCAUUGUAUGCUGAUCUUAAGGAACAUAGGAAAAUCGAGGGUUCCAAUGAGUUGUUUCUUGGGAGCCAAGCCAGCAUCGAAACUAGGGACCGGGAAGACGAAUUUUGCGAGUUGAAGCAUUCGGUUGAUCAGCAGGUAUGGAACAUUCAACAACAGCUCGAGCCGAAUUAUCAAAUCCAAGAUGAAGAAAGAAAUCAAGUGAUCAACCACAAGAAAAUUGAGCAGAUGGGAUCGGAUCUCGGGAUUUUGAAGGAGACACUAGAUCUUGCCUUUACUAAGAUGCAGAAUGCAAUUUUCUUAUCCGAACUCGGGCCCAUUGAGCAUCAAUGGAUGUCGGACAUUGAAAGAUCUGUAUCUGCAAUCGUGAUUAAAGGUUCGCGGGAGAGUUUCGAAGACGAAAUGAAGAAACAAGAGGUGCAGGCCUCAUUGGCGUCGCAGAAACACUUGGCCGAUGUGAUUCGAGAGAUUAAUUGCCUUAACCAGGAGCUUCGGUUCAUUAGUAACCCAGAUGAUGCUCAAGUCAAGAGUUCGAAAUCAAAGGGUUUACCGAGAGGACGAUGUUUCUCGGGAGGUCACGAUCUCAGGAAAUUGAGUACGACUAAGCCCACUACAACCAAGGAUGAUGAUGGAAGCCUUGUUACAAAGAUGAUAAAGAAUCACGGGUCCACAAUCCGAAGAAAAAGCGACGAGCUCAAUCUGUUGACGAAAGAAAUUCUUCGAGAUAAAUCAAGCCCGCUACCACCAAGGAAAGGAAAAGAUAUCGCCGAUCUGAAACGAUGCAUUCGAGAAAUUAUUGUGAGAUUGGAGAAUUUAAUCAACCUGAACCCUGGGAUUGGUGAUUGUUUUAGUGACAAUAGGUAUGACUAUGAAAUGCAAAAGCCUCCCGAGGCGAGGCCAUUUAUGGAUGGUCGAAUUGAAAUCGAGAAUCCCGGCGUUCACAGUAUGGAAGAAAUAUGGGAAAAAGUGACUACAAAAACCCCAGUUUCUGAAGAAAGAAAUGAAGAUCCAUGGAGUGAAAUAAGGCUUCUGAAACAAGAAAUGGAGGAUUCAAAUCUGCAAAACAGGCUAAUGGAAGAGACUUAUUUAACUCUUUUACGAAGUUUUGUUGAUGAAUUUCAUAUGGAGAUGCUCAAUCAUCACAUACAUUUCCCAGUCAAAGAAAAUAUGUAUGAAAACUUGAUCGAGGAAAUGAAAACCGAGUGGAACGAGAAAACCAGAAGUGAGAAAUAUGAUACCUUGUUCGCCAAGCCAACGGUAUGGGAUCUCGAUUCUGCUCAUAAUUCUAUACCUGCAAAUCAUCAAACAUUACUCUAUUUGGAAAACACAAGCCUAGAGCAAUCAACACAACCUGAUUACUUCUUUCGAGCACUUUGGGAUGACAUAUACGCGUUCCUUUUACGGAAAAUCAUCGGCGAAUGGAGGGAGAACAUAGAAACUUUCAAGUCUAGAAGUUGUUUAGGUGAGGAACUGUGCUUGAUUGUCUUUGGUGAGAUUGUUAGAGGUAUUAUAAACACUUCCAAUUCUGCAUUAAUCGAACUGCAACAGAUCAAAGUCGAUGAGAGUUCGAAUCACGACUUUGAGUCUGAUGAUAAAUUCUUCGAAACUGCAGCAAUGUCGAUCAAGGAUGAUGUUUUGAAGGCUUUCCUAGCUGAUAUGAUCAAGGAACAUCAGAUGGAAAUAUAUUUAUUUAGUCUUGAGAGUCUCAUCAAGGAGGAUAUUUUCCAAUUUGUCCUUGUUGAGUCAGUGAAACACGGUUGCACUCUAGACAAAACCAACGACCGGAUAAAACGAGAACAAAGUCCGCGCAACUCGAUGAUCUCAGUCGAUAAUUUGGCACAUAUAUUAGAUAGCCUAGUGAAGUUUUUUGAAGACGAAGAAGCCCUGAUACUAACUGCCUAUUCCGAAACAAAGCAACAGAGUACAUGCUGUCAACACGUUGCAUCCGGAUUCGAGUUCAAUCAACACAACCAUCGUCCCGGGUUCUUUACCUAUGAAGAUAACAGUACUAAUUCGACAGGUAUCAAGCUUGAGAAAGCUUUGCUGCAAUUGGAUUAUGGCAAGGCAUUAUUGAGUGAGUUAGGGUCCGAGUUAGGCAUAACAGUAGACAAUUUAGAUUCACUCGAUGCUACCAGAGAUUGCAGGAAGCCCUCCAUUGAGGAAUCUCUUGAAACCUUCAUUCAAGACUCAUCGCAAACAUUGCAGAGUUUCGAGUUCGAAUCAUUUACGAGAUUAGGAAGGCAUGCCUUGAGGUUGGAUGAAAUGAAGGGUCAGCUAGACAAAGUUGCUAAAAUCGCUGUCUCACAUGUCCAAAAGGAAUCACUUUACAAGAAAGCUUUCAUUAGGAGAUGUGAGAAUCUACAAAUGGCUGAAGCUGAGGUGGAUCUUCUCGGUGAUCAAGUAGAACAUCUUAAAGAACUACUUAAGAAGAUCUAUGUGAAAAUUCAUCAACAUUCUCCAGUUUUGCACCACUAUUUUGAGAUCUCGGAAAUAUUGAAGUUAAUAGAGAAAGAAACAGGAGGUAUAUGA